AUGAGCAUCCAUCUUAGAGACGGCUUGCUUAAUCAGUCUUUUGACCAUGUGCUAGAGGAUAUCUUGGUCCGUUUUGUCGUCAAUGUCCCCAAAGAGGACUUGUCGUCUCUAGAAAGAGUUUUCUUUCAGGUCGAGGAAGGUCAAUGGUUUUACACGGACUUUGUGCGUCUUGCGAACCCAUCAUUGCCAUCGAUGAAAAUGAAAUCGUUUGCACCCAAGAUUUUGGGCAAAUGUCCGUUGGUUUGGAAAUGGGGGGACCCAAGUGAGGCAUUGAGUCAGUUUGGCAAGUAUAAGUCCACCAUUCCUGUGCGCGGUAUUGCAUUGAUGAACAGAGAUUUGACAAAGCUUGUGCUUGUUCGUGGGCCUGAUUCUGGUACCUGGUCUUUUCCGAGAGGUAAGAUAUCGAAGGACGAAUCUGACAUUGAGUGUGCCAUUAGAGAAGUUCGCGAGGAGACAAGUUUUGAUGCUCGUGAUUACGUCAAUGAAUCAGACGUCCUUGAGAGAACAAUUGGGGGUAAAAACUUCCGCAUAUACUUGGCCAGAAAUGUCCCUGAGGACUUCAAUUUCGAACCUUUGGUGCGAAACGAGAUCGCAGAUAUCAAAUGGUUCAAUGUGAAACAGCUCAGGAAGUCAGUUCGUACCAACCAUAAUAAGUUUUAUGUGAUCAACGCCAUGAUGGAACCAUUGUAUGGUUGGAUCAAUAAACAGAAGGGUGCAAAUGACGAUACAUUGAUAAGAGAAGCGGAAAUUAAAUUGAAACAAUUGAUGGGUAUCACGCCAUCCGAGACUUCUAUGAAUAACGAUGCUGGCAGGGAACUCCUCAACAUACUUCAGGCUACUAAGCCCCAAGAGGCUGCUGCUUCAGCUGGCCCAGCAAGCUUAAACGAGCAGCACAAGAUGCCUAUGACCCUACCCCAACAUCUUCAAGACAUCUACGCUAGUUCUGUGCAAAUGCCACCGUUCUUCCUGCCAGUAUUUCCUCAUGCAUCUAACGUGCCUCCAGCAAAUUUUCCUUUGCCUAACUUCGGUGGCCUUCAUUCCCAACCACCUCAUCCUCCAAUGCCUCGCCAACAGUCUGCCAACCAAUUUUCAUUACUGUCUCCUGGAGAGUUCAAGCAGCCCGUGCUUGAACAAGCCAUUCCUUCAAAGCCUGUAACACCUGUAACACCAGUUGCGCCCAAAUCCUCUAGUUCAGCCAAUUCUAAAGAACUUUUGUCGCUCUUAAAAGGCAAGAAAUUGUCAAAUAUCGCAAAUCCAGUCUCUGAUAGCGCAGAGCCACUUAUGGGGCGAGAAUCUCCUGCGAGACUGACGGCCACUCCUCCUGUGAAAAAGAUCACGUUAUUAAAACGAGACAAAAACUCAAACGAUAACGACUCCGCUACUCUUCUAUCAAUAUUGGGUAAAAAACCUCCUAGCCCAGAAAGUCCAAAGUCACAAGGAACGGAGCCAGAAACACAUUCCACCACUGCCAAUGCCCCAAGCUUCUUGAGCAUUCUCAAUCAAGGUCGUAAGAAAUCUGAGACCGAUCAUGUUAACAACGAUUCCCAUACUUCUACCUCGGACUCUUUUGGUUUCUUGAACCAGACGUCACAUGGGCUUAACGGCCAAGACUCUAGGGAUGCCUCCAGAGAAUUGAUGAUGGCACUCAAUAAACCCGAACAACAAAGCUCCGGAAGGAAAGCAUCAGACUCUGCAGGAUUCUUGAGCAUCUUAAAGAGAGACUCUCAAUCGCAGCCAUCUCCAAACCAACCAGCCGUCAAUGCUCAGCCCAUCUCUAUGACAGGUUUAUCACCCAUUCCUCCUAAGGCCGAGAAACCAAACUCUGCAGAUUUGAGUGCCGGUAACCAAAUCUUGUCAAUGCUCAACCGCAACACUGAUUCUCCUAACCAAUUCGCCCAACUGAUGGCAAAACCAGCUGCUACCAACUUCUCGAAUUUCGAUGAUUUUGAUAAUUUCGAAGACUUCGAAGACUUCAAUGAAAUUUCUGAGUCUCAGAAGGACAUUUACAACAGCAUUGCCAAUAACUUUGAUAUUGCUACAGAUGAAGAAGAUUACUUAGAUGCGACGGAUUACGCCCUGCCAAAGGCUCAUCCCCCCACGUUGAGUCUGCCAGAUACGAAUCAAUCUAGCCAAGAUGCUACUUUUGCUACAAACACUGCUGGCGCAGGACUCCUACUGCUUUUGAAGAGCGGAAAUCCAAACACUCAAAGGAGAUAUCUGUCUUUGCAAGAGACCUACGGCGUUCCUCCGCUUGCUCCACAACAACAACACCAGCAACAGUCACAGCAGCCACAAGCAUUUCCAGCGGAGACCCAGAAAUCGAAUACUAAUGGCGCUCUGAUCCUUCGUUUGCUCAAGCGUGAUAAAGAUUAA